UAUGUUUGGAGAAGAGCGUCCGACUGUGUUGAAACCAAAUCCUUUUUAUCCUAUCUUUCUGUUUAAAGUAUAAUUUUGUUUGUUCAUUGUCCGCCCAGAUGUGCUUGUGAAUUAUGUGCGGUUUUGUAAAUAUGUGAUCACAUAUUUACACUGUUUUCGAAAGCCUCAAAUGGUGCAGAGAUGCCGUAUUUUAAAUUUGAGUGUGACGGCGGUUAUCGUUCUAUCUAUUUACAAUGUCCUUCUGACAGUGAAGUUGAUGUACAACAAAGAUGACUGUCCGCACGUGAAGAUCCAGCAUGUCGUGUCACAGUCUUCGGCGCCUCCAAAACCUCCCUGCAAUAGCCAAGUCAACGACAUCAGCACGGACACAGUGUUUUCCAAAUUGGAUCUAAAAUUAGGACGUUGGGAUAACAAAUUGAUUAUAAAAUAUUUCGAUAACUUCUUGGUUGGUGAUAGAUACUCGCAGCUUAACGAGGAUUUUACAGUAUGUUUGGCUACGCAAAGUUCCAUAGAGAAAUUGAGCUCUUUGGUGGAGGUGUCCAGUACUUGGCACGGCGCCAUUUCCACUGCAGUUUACGCAGCAGGUGACGACGAGCUCAACCUAAUCCUGCUCUACCUAAUCUAUCUGCGGCAAUGCUUUGUAAAUAUCAAAAACAGGGUCAGUUUUCACUUAGCCGUGCCUAAAGGUCGGAUGCCUAAAUCCAUACAAGUAGACUUAGCCAGCCUCGCGCAGAUGGACUGCAAUAGACCAGACGUAACACUCCAGCAGUUGCUUAAAAGACGUUCUGCAAUUACAGCCAAAUGGCGCAUCAAAAAUCCUUAUCCUCAGAAUCACCUUCGAAAUCUAGCAAGAAAGAAUUGCCACAGUGGUCACGUUUUUCUUACAGACGUUGACAUAGUACCCAGCGAUUUGCUGGCCGAGAAGCUGGAUGGUUUUUUGAAGAAGGCGUCCUGCACGAAGCUUUGCGCUUAUGUCAUUCCUACUUAUGAAUUAGAUAAUCGCAUUCGGUUUCCGCCGAACAAAACGGAACUCGUCCGACUUGCCAGUAAAGGUCUGGCUCGUCCUUUUCACCACAAAGUCUUCAUCUACAAUCAAUUCGCUACAAAUUUCUCGAAGUGGCAGACCGGCGCUAAUGAGGAGAGCCAGGAAGUCCACAUCAGCCAUCCGGUCACAAACUUUGAAUUCCUCUAUGAGCCCUUCUACGUGGCUCCGGAUACUGCUCCACCUCACGACGAAAGAUUCAUAGGAUACGGAUACACCAGAAACACACAGGUAUAUGAAAUGUACGUGGCUGGAUACGAAUUUUUAGUUUUAUCACCAAUAUUCACCGUGCAUUGGGGUUUGCAAGUGAAAAGAAGUAGACCACCUUGGAGAGAGCAUCAAAACAACCAAAAUCGAAAACUGUUCGAUACAUUCAAACGGGAAGUUUUCGCCAAAUAUAAGAAAGAUCCACUUCACAUGGUAGCAAACAGCCACCGUUAACCUUGACAUGCCAGGAAUAGAAAGAAAAGAAAACAUAUUUUUGGAAAGCAAAAGUGCCAACAAGAGGAAUUAUAAACAAGAGAUGAUAUUACAAUAUUUUUACCAGAGAAUAGAGGAUAAAAAGAGGAUUCAGAAGUGUUUGUAGUUACUUUCAUGAUAAUCAUAGCCAGCUUAUUUUUAUUCAAUUAUCUUUCCUGUCACAGUUACGAUUUGACUUUCAAUUUCGCUGAUUUUGCACUUAUAUGUUCUUAUUUCAAUAUUCUGUGUGUCGAAUUAUAAUAAAUGUCCAAAUAAUA